CUUCUGGACAUGGAGGGCGCUCUGACCGCCAGAGACCGGGUCGGAAUCCAGGACUUUGUCCUCCUGGAUGAAACCACAGAAGCAGCAUUUCUCAGCAACCUAAAGAAACGCUUCAGCAACGACCUGAUCUAUACUUACAUUGGCACAUUGAUAGUGUCAGUGAAUCCCUAUAAAGAGAUUGACAUGUACAACAAGAAGCAGAUGGAGAUCUACAUGGGUGUCAAUUUUUUUGAGCUUCCUCCUCACAUCUUUGCCUUGGCAGAUAAUGCUUACCACACGAUGCUGACAGAGUUCAACAACCACUUCAUUCUCAUCUCUGGAGAGAGCGGAGCGGGGAAGACUGAGGCCUCCAAGAAGAUUCUGCAGUAUUAUGCCGUCAGCUGCCCGAGCACCACGCUACUGAACACAGUCAGGGACAAAAUGCUCAUGUCCAACCCGGUAUUAGAGGCUUUUGGGAACGCCAAAACACUGAAGAACGACAACUCAAGUCGGUUUGGGAAGUAUAUGGACAUCCAGUUUGACAGCCAAGGGGAUGCAGUCGGAGGCCACAUCCUGAACUAUCUGCUGGAGAAGUCGAGGGUGGUGCAUCAGAAUCACGGGGAGAGGAACUUCCACAUCUUUUAUCAGCUGGUGGAGGGAGGAUCAGAUGACCUUCUGCGGCAGCUGGGCCUGGAGAGAAACUGCCAGCAAUACAACUAUCUAACGCAAGGGGAGUGUGCCAUCGUGUCUUCUAUUAAUGACAGAAAUGACUGGAAGACUGUUAAAAAUGCACUGCAAGUCAUCGACAUUGAUGAGGACAGCAUUAAUUACCUGUUUGGGAUUGUUGCAAGUGUGCUCCACUUAGGGAAUGUUCAGUUUGACUCUGACAGCAAAGGCCAGGCUCUCCUCAACAACAACCACGAACUGAGCUGGGUGUCAAAUCUCUUAGGCGUGGAUGCACACACUCUUCAAGAGGGACUCACUUUCAGGAAGAUUGAAGCCAAAACGGAUCAGGUCCUCAGCCCAUUCACCACUGAUCAUGCCAUCUACGCCCGAGACGCACUGGCCAAAGCCAUCUACGGUAAAACCUUCACCUGGCUGGUCAACAGGAUCAAUGAAUCCAUGGAGAACAAGGAUCCUUCUCGAAAGACGGUCAUCGGGCUUUUGGACAUAUAUGGAUUUGAGGUUUUCUAUGUAAACAGUUUUGAACAGUUCUGCAUAAACUACUGCAACGAGAAGCUGCAGCAGCUUUUCAUCCAGCUGACGCUCAAGUCGGAACAGGAAGAGUACGAAGCGGAGGACAUCGAGUGGGAAUCAGUUCACUUCUUUAACAACAAGAUCAUCUGUGACCUGGUUGAGGAGAAACACAGAGGAAUCAUCGCAAUUCUGGAUGAGGAGUGCCUUCGCCCAGGCGAUGCCACCGAUCUGACCUUCCUGGAGAGAUUAGAGGAAAAAAUGGGGAAUCAUCCCCACUUUGUCACGCACAAACUGGCUGACAAAAUGACACGUAAGACUCUGGAGAGAGGAGAUUUCCGCCUCUUGCAUUAUGCCGGGGAGGUCACCUACUGCGUUGUGGGCUUCCUGGACAAGAAUAACGAUCUGCUUUAUAGAAACAUAAAGGAUCUGAUGUGUCAGUCAAAAAACGCCAUCGUCAGGACGUGCUUCUCCAGCGUCGAUCCAGACAGCAGAAGAAGGCCGGAGACGGUGGCCACCCAGUUUAAGAGCAGCCUGCUGAAGCUGACAGAGAUCCUCAUGGCCAAAGAGGCCUGGUACAUCCGCUGUCUGAAGUCUAAUGAGUCCAAGCUGCCAGGUCAGUUUGAUGAAGCCCUGAUCAGGCACCAGGUGAAGUACCUGGGUCUGAUGGAGCACCUCCGAGUCCGGCGGGCUGGGUUUGCUUACAGGCGCAAAUAUGAGGUCUUCCUCAAGAGAUAUAAACCUUUGUGCCCGGCGACAUGGCCUCACUGGAUGGGGAUGCCUGCCGAUGGGGUGGAGGUGCUAGUUCAACACCUGGGUUACAUGCCAGAUGAGUACAAAAUGGGACGGACUAAAAUAUUCAUCCGUCAUCCCAGGACGCUUUAUGCCACAGAGGAUGCUUUUGAAAAAUGUAAACAUGAGCUGGCAACUCGUCUUCAAGCCAAAUACAAAGGGUACAGGGCAAAGGGAGAAUUUAAAAAACAAAAGGAAGCUGCCACAAAAAUAGAAACAUGCUGGAGAGGAGUGCAGGCCAGGAAGGAGAGAGAGAAGAGAGCGUGGGCGGUGAAAGUCAUCAAAAAAUUUAUUAAAGGCUACAUGACCAGAGGACAGGCAAAAACCACAGAUAACUCAGAAUAUCUGGCCUUUGUGAGGCAAAGCUACUUGAACAGACUGAAAGAGAAUCUGCCAAAGACCGUCUUAGACAAAAACACGUGGCUGACUCCUCCACCUGUGCUGACUGAGACAUCGGAGAUGCUACGCAAGCUUCACUACCGUCUCAUGGUACGGAAAUACGUGAGAGGAAUCACACCUCAGAGGAAAGCGCAGCUUCAGUUGAAGCUCAUCGCGAGUUCAAUCUUUAAGGGCAAAAAGGAGAGUUACCCAUCAAGCGUUGCUCAGCCCUUUGUGGACACCAGAAUUAGCGAGCAGGACAUAAACAUGAGGAUCCUCCAGAUGAUUCGCAAUGAGCACAUUAAGUACAGUGUCCCAGUGAUCAAAUAUGACAGGAAUGGCUUCAAACCAAGGCCGCGACAGCUCAUCCUCACCCAGACUGCAGCCUACGUGGUGGAUGAAGCUAAAAUCAAACAGAGAGUGCUUUAUACUUCUCUCAAAGGGAUUUCAGUCAGUAACUUGACUGACGGCAUCGUUGUUUUUCACAUAACCUGUGAAGACCCUAAACAAAAGGGGGAUCUGGUCAUGCAGUGUGACCACUUGUUUGAGUUCCUGACCAAACUCACUGUCAUUGCAAACAAACAAAAUGUAUUACAGGUAGUUCAUGGAAGUAUCAAGAUUGAAAUCCAGGCAGGGAGAGAGAGUGCAGUGGACUUCAGCACAGGACAGGAGUCCACGGUGUUCAAGGCCAAGAACGGACACCUCAUGGUGGUUGCCACCCGGGCCAGGACACGGUAAAGUGUGCAGCGCGGGCGGAGACACACAAGAAGCCCCUGCAUAUUUCAUCAAGAG